AUGUUCGCCUUCUCCGUGCUCCUGUUCAGCGUCCCGCCGCUGUUGAAGCUCAAGCACGUCCUGUACCCGCCCGAGGUCGAGCCCGAGGCGUGGGAUUACGAGGCCGAGAUCGCGGACCUCGCGCCGGGCGGCGCGCGUCGCCGCCAGCGCGCGGACGCGGACGCGCCGUAG